AUGGCCUCCGCAAACUACAGCGCCCUGCUCUGCCUGGCUGCGGCCUGCCUCUUGGCUGGCAUGCCGCUGGCCAAUGGUCGUGGGCUGCAUCAGACGGCGAGUGUGGCCUCCACAACCUUCAGCCGCUCAGGCACCUCCUCUGCCUCCUCCUCUGCCUCCUCUACCACCCAGCUGGCGCUCGGCAACGCCGCCACGGUCAACAACGACGCCCAGAAGGCGCUGGAUGCCAUGAACGCCGCACGCACCCGGCGUGGCACCGCGCCACUGUCCUGGACUGCCAGCCUGGCCCAAGGCGCGCAGAGCUGGGCCCAGGGCUGCGUGUUCCAGCACUCCAACUCUGGGCUGGGCGAGAACCUGUACCGCUCCAGUGCUCCUGCCACCUGCUCCGACGCCGUUAACAUGUGGCUGGCGGAGGAGAGGUACUCCCCGGCCGGCAACAUGCUGGGCCAGUUUGCGGCCAAUGUGUGA